ACUCUGCACAGACAGCUCUGGAGAUCAGACACAGAGGCUGGUGGCCUGGUAGGGCACGCUGCGGACGGGUGCUACCACUCCAUCCUUUGGCUGCUCUCCCGCCAGCUCCGAGCCUGGGCCUCCCCGCUCCGCCCCCGCGCGCGCCCCCGCCGCCUGCGCCGCAGUCCGCGUCCACCAGCCCUGGCAGCCAGUAGUUGCGGUCCCAGUUCCGCGCAGCGCUCCGGAGCUGAAAGGACUGCAGCCAGCGCCCGAGGUCAGGAGGAAUAGGUGGCGCCUAGAAACCGGGUGGCACCAGAGCUGCGGCAGCCGGGAGGUGGACGCUCUCGAGGGGGCCAGAGCAGCUUGCAGGGAGCAGCGGGGCGCCGGCAGGCUGGUGCUGGGGAGACCCUGCAGGAGGCAUGGCCGGGCUACGAGCCAGGCGGGGCCCUGUGUGCCGGCUACUGGUGUUGUCCACGCUGAGUUUUUACCUAAUGCUGCAAGCCAGUGCCAAGAGGCCUCCUAAGACGCCCCCCUGCCCACCCAGCUGCUCCUGCACCAGGGAUACAGCCUUCUGCGUGGACUCUAAGUCGGUGCCCAAGAACCUGCCUUCAGAGGUCAUCUCCCUGACACUGGUGAAUGCUGCCUUCUCAGAGAUCCAGGACGGAGCCUUCUCCCACCUGCCACUGUUGCAGUUCUUGUUACUCAACUCCAACAAGUUCACGCUGAUUGGAGACAACGCCUUCACAGGACUGUCGCACCUGCAGUACCUCUUCAUAGAAAACAAUGAUAUCUGGGCUCUCUCCAAGUUUACCUUCAGAGGAUUGAAGUCCUUGACACACCUCUCUCUGGCCAACAAUAACCUCCAGACACUGCCCAGAGACAUCUUUCGUCCCCUGGACAUCUUGAGUGACUUGGACCUCCGGGGCAACGCACUUAACUGUGAUUGCAAGGUCAAGUGGCUGGUGGAGUGGCUGGCCCACACCAACACCACAGUGGCACCCAUCUACUGUGCCAGCCCGCCCCGCUUCCAGGAGCACAAGGUGCAGGACUUGCCUCUUCGGGAAUUCGACUGCAUCACCACUGAUUUUGUCCUCUACCAGACUCUGUCCUUCCCAGCAGUGUCUGCGGAACCCUUCCUUUACUCCAGUGACCUCUAUUUGGCUCUGGCUCAGCCUGGUGCCAGCGCCUGCACCAUCCUCAAGUGGGACUAUGUGGAACGACAGCUUCGUGACUAUGAUAGAAUUCCAGCCCCCUCAGCUGUGCACUGCAAGCCAAUGGUGGUGGAUGGCCAGCUCUAUGUAGUCGUGGCCCAGCUGUUCGGUGGCUCAUAUAUUUACCACUGGGACCCGAACACCACCCGCUUCACCAAGCUGCAGGACAUCGACCCACAGCGCGUGCGCAAACCCAAUGACCUGGAAGCUUUCCGCAUCGAUGGUGAUUGGUUCUUCGCGGUGGCUGACAGUUCCAAAGCAGGUGCCACCAGCCUCUACCGUUGGCACCAGAAUGGCUUCUAUUCCCACCAGGCCCUGCACGCCUGGCACCGCGACACUGACCUGGAGUUUGUGGAUGGUGAGGGCAAGCCACGGUUGAUUGUGUCUAGCAGUUCUCAGGCACCUGUCAUCUAUCAAUGGAGUCGUACUCAGAAACAGUUUGUGGCUCAGGGAGAGGUGACUCAGGUGCCUGAUGCCCAGGCUGUGAAACACUUUCGUGCUGGCCGAGACAGCUACCUGUGCCUUAGCCGCUACAUUGGUGACUCCAAGAUCCUGCGCUGGGAGGGUACCCGUUUCUCAGAGGUGCAAGCCCUUCCCUCCCGAGGUUCACUGGCCCUACAGCCCUUCCUGGUGGGCGGUCACCGCUACCUGGCACUGGGCAGUGACUUCUCCUUCACCCAGAUCUACCAGUGGGAUGAGGGGCGACAGAAAUUUGUACGGUUCCAAGAGCUGGCAGUACAGGCCCCUCGGGCCUUCUGCUACAUGCCUGCAGGAGAUGCCCAGCUGCUCCUGGCCCCCAGUUUCAAGGGACAAACACUGGUUUACCGACAUGUUGUGGUGGACCUUAGUGCCUAGAGGGAGCCUAAGUCCUUUGGGUUCCUCAGGGUGGUACUGUAUGAUGGUGAAGACCUCUGUGAGCAACUUGUGGCCCCAAGUGAGGUCACAUGUGGCUAACCUGUCUAUGUAAGACACACACACACAUAUACACAGAAGUGGGCCUGGGCACACUCCAGAGACUAGCCCAGAGAAGCCAUUCCCAUUACUGUAGUCAGCACCUACAUAUGCGCCAGGCACCCAACAUCCAGGUCCUCCUCCAUGUGUGCACCAAUGGCUGCUCAUCUCCAGUGCUCCCAUACCCUGCUCCGUCACUAGUGUGUCUGACUGAUUCAGUGGGUACAGGAAGGGGUGAGCCACAGCCUUCUCUUCUCAGCUUAGCCUUCUGCUCUCUGGCCUUUCCCCUGGAUGCUCAAGGUGUUUGUGUACCUGUUUAGCAUUCACAGUUGCAGCCUCCCUCCAGGUACGCCCACACUUCCAAGUGUGUCUGCCCAUGCCAUGCUCCUUCUGCAUGUGGACACUGAUGGACAAACUCGGCUACGUACUUGUGUAUACCUGGCCACACUCCUACUUCCGUAUAUGCACACGUCUGGGAGUGCGUACACGAGCAGACGGGGUGCUGAACAAACCGGCUUCCUUGUAAUCGCCUAGCUGCUCUUCUCGGAGGGUGCCUACAGCACCCACACUUUCUCUGCUCUCCCCAGUGUGCCCCCUAUGUGGCUAAUAAGGAUAAUAACAGGAAGCAUGGCUGUGGCCUUCCGGGGACAAAGCCAUUUCAUCCCGAAGCACUAAUAACAAGAGGCAACAGCAACUGGGUUCUUAGCAGUACAGUAUAGCUUUCUUCUCAUUAGAGUUUCCUUCUGUGACUCAAUCCCAGCCCAACUGGACACGGGUGGAAAAGGGAGGCUUUCUCUGGAAUAGCUAUUGCUUUUUCAAGCUCGGGCCAUCUCCUUUCUCAUCCCAUCUUUGGGAUGUGGACCCUGAACUGUGAUUGCUCCUUGGGUGGAUAUAAAAACUAGACAAGGCAAGAAUCCUGGGAGAGCCUGAGCUACUUGUAUGGGUGCCAGGAACGUGUUGGUAGCCCUGGCACCCAUCCACUCCAUGGAGAUGCCCCCCCCCCAGGCACAGCUCAGUGGAGGCUGGACCAGGGUGGCAGGAGGGACACCUGGAAACCAGGCUUCUGCUGCCCUCUGCUGUCCACUGGGAGCAGCAGCCCAGAAGCAGGAAAUGGCCAGGCUGAGAGAAAUUCUUGUGGCCUGAUGCUGGAGCAUCUGGGGAUAAUGCUGAUUCCUUUGCUUCAAAUAAAGUUCCACCCCACUGCUA